CUUAACUGCAGCAGCCAGACUGCAGAGUGACUGGACUCUGAUGUUGUCGACACAUUUUAACAUUCUCCCAACCUUCAGAAAGAAGCCACAAUGGCGGCUGAGUACCUUUUGAACACUCUGGAGGAUUUAAGAGAUGACGAAUUUAAGGACUUCAAGUGGUAUCUGCAGCAGCCUGACAUCCUGGAAGGCUACCAAACCAUCAAAGUGUCCAAGCUGGAGAAGGCAGAAAGGCGGGACACAGUUCAUCUGAUGAUGACCAUCUAUAAACUUCAUGGAGCUCUGAAGGUGACCAAGAAGGCUUUAGAGAAGAUAAAGAGGAAUGAUCUGGUACAGAAACUGUCAGACACCAGCUCAGGACCAGAAGCGUCAAUGGAUGUCAAUGAUGUUAGAGAGACUUCAGAGAACAGAGGAACUUGCUCCUCUCAGAGCGAAGAUGUGAUUGUUCCAGUACCAGAGCCACGACACAUCUCAUAUUACCAACACUUGCUCCAAUCAAACCUCCAGGAUAAGUUUAUGUGUGCUCAAGAGGGAUGGGCACAGAAGAAGGAUGAGCAACGUCUGGAUGAUAUCUACACAGAGCUGUACAUCACAGCUGGGGGUGACGUACACAUCAACCAACAGCAUGAGGUCAGGCAGAUUGAGGCGCCGGUAGUGAAGCCAGCAGGAACAGAGAAACCAAUUAAACCUUGUGACAUGUUCAAACUCCCCUCGGGAAGAUAUAAACCCAUAAGAACAGUGCUGACCAAUGGAAUCGCAGGAAUUGGAAAAACAUUUCUGGUGCGUAAGUUUGUGUUGGACUGGGCUGAAGGAAGAGACAAUCAAGAUGUGCAUCUCAUUUUCCCCUUCACCUUCCGCCAGCUGAAUUUAUGGAAGAGAGAAAAGUUGUGUCUGGCAGAGCUCAUUCAUGAAUGUAUCACGGAGACCAGAGACAUCAAGGACGAAGCUCUUAAUCACAUCUUUACAACUCUGCAAUCAUCAGGAAACACCAACUACGACAAGAGCAAAUUCAAACUUCUGUUUGUUUUGGAUGGACUGGAUGAGAGCCGCCUUGAUCUGGACUGCUCUACCAGUGAAAAUCAGGCAGUUAACUUUGAUGUGACAGCGUCGAUCUCAGUGGAUGUGCUGCUGACAAGUCUCAUAAAAAAGGAACUGCUUCCCUCUGCUCGCCUCUGGAUAACCACACGACCUGCAGCAGCCGAUCAAAUCCAUUCUGAUUUUGUUGACAUGGUGACAGAGGUCAGAGGGUUCACUGACCCCCAGAAGGAGGAGUACUUCAGGAAGAGAUUCAGAGAUGAGGAGCAGGCCAACACAAUCAUCUCCCACAUGAAGACAUCACGAAGUCUCCACAUCAUGUGCCACAUCCCAGUUUUCUGCUGGAUCACGUCUACAGUUCUGGAGGAUUUGUUGGAAACCAGAGAGGGAGGAGAGCUGCCCAAGACUCUGACUGAGAUGUAUGCAGAAUUCUUGGUGUUUCAGAUUCAUCAGACAAAAAAGAAGUAUGGCCAAAAAAAGUGCAUUCAGUACAUUAAGUCAUUAGCAAAACUAGCUUUCCGCCAGUUGGAAAAGGGCAACCUGAUCUUCUAUGAGAAAGAUCUCAAAGAGAGUGGCAUUGACGUCAGUGGAGCCUCGGUUUGCUCAGGAGUGUUCACAGAGAUCUUCAAAGAGGAACGUGGGAGGAAGAAUGAUGAAGACAAGGUGUUUAGCUUCGUCCAUCUGAGUGUUCAGGAGUUUUUGGCAGCUUUAUAUGUAGAAAGGGAAGUCAUUAACAGAAACAAGAAUGUGAUGUGUGAGCCAGGGCAAACACGUGGCGAACAAGUGCGAAUGUUUUUCAGCAAAACAUCUAUGACAGAAGUCCACGAAUUUGCUAUUGACAAGACCUUGCAGAGUCCAAAUGGACACCUGGACUUGUUCCUCCGAUUCCUCCUGGGUCUUUCACUGGAGACCAAUCAGAAUCUCCUACGAGACCUAAUGAAAAGGAAAAGAAGCUCAGAGACCAAUCAGGAAACAGUCGAGUACAUCAAGAAGAAGAUCAGUGAGAAUCCGGCUCCAGAGAGAAGCAUCAAUCUGUUCCACUGCCUGAAUGAACUGAAUGAUCGUUCUCUAGUGGAGGAGAUCCAACAGUACCUGAGUUCAGGACGUCUCUCCACAGAUAGACUGUCUCCUGCUCAGUGGUCAGCUCUGGUCUUCAUCUUACUGUCAUCAGAAGACGAUCUGGAUGUGUUUGACCUGAAGAAAUAUUCUGCUUCACAGGAGGCUCUUCUGAGGCUGCUGCCUGUGGCCAAAGCCUCCAACAAAGCUCUGUAA